CACCCCACAUAUACUCGCAUUGACUUGUCCUACCAACACCACCACUCGACAUACCACCUGCCCACCACCGACGCAUUCCCCAUACUCCGCCCAAAAUGUCCAACCCACGAAUCGAAGAAGUCGACGAUGACGAAAUCGCCGACGACCCCGAGGAAAUGGACCUCGACGCCUUCGAUUUCGCUCGCCCACAAGGCAAAUCCCUCGGCGGCGCAGCCCCAGUAGACGACAGCGACGGCGAUGAAGUCCCCUCCCAAAUGACCCCUCAAACCCUCCAAGCCCUCCUCUCUGGCCAAUCUGGACAGCAACAAGCCCCACAAUCCGCCGCCGACCGCGAACGCCUCCAACGCGCCCAACAAGACCGUAUAAAAAACUACCAAUGCAUAUAUCCUGUCUACUUCGACGCUUCACGCACACGAGCUCAAGGGCGAAGAGUUUCGAAAGAAGAUGCGGUGCAGAAUCCGCUGGCGAGGGAGAUUGUGGAGGCGUUGGCGUCGAUUGGGAAUGAGAAGGGUGCGGCGCUGCAGAUUGCUUUGGAUCCUAUGAAGACGCAUCCGAAGGAUUGGGCGAAUCCGGGGAGGGUGAAGGUUGAGGUUAAGAAGGAGGGGAAGAAAGUUUGGGAUGGGGUGGAGAAUAAACACCAUCUCUACAAGCUCAUUUCGGCGUACCUCAAAUCACACCCCGCGGACGAGAAGACGCCACUGAAGAUGCAAGUUCCUGGGCUGCCAAUGCCGAAAGACGGCAAGCCGAUUCCUCCUGCGAUACCACGCGGCAUGAAGAUCAACUCGAUCCUCCCGCUUCACUCACCCGCAUUGUCGGGUGGUGGCGUGAGCGAGAACAUGAUGUCAGACAUGAUGCAGCAGAUGGGUGGACAAUUACCUGCGGGUAUGCAAGGAUUAAUGGGAGGAGGCGAUGCUGGACCCUCGCAGCCGCAAAAGCCGAAGAAGAUCAAGGUCAUGCAGAAAAGGUGAUUGUUCAUGGUUGAUUGUCCGGCCUGCGUCUCAGCAGUUCUUCAUGAGUCUUGCAAGACCUCGAACUGGAUGCGGUUCCGCUCGUCAGCGUCAACGUGCAGCAUCCCCAUCUCCACGGUGCAUAUACGAUGUGCAUGUCAGCACUCCGGCUCGCUAGUCCGGACAUUCGAAUGACUCCGAUGCGACACACCAUGGCUUCACCGAUCCAUUGCCAUUCGGAGUUGUCACCGUACCGCCAUCAAGCCCUUCCAUACACGGCACGGGACCCAACAAGGUGGAUCGCUGGUGCUCGCAUUGCUGCAACUCGCAUUCGGAGAUUCGUCCGACUUCAGACGGCGUUUCAUUACUGCCAUGCGCAAAAGGACCGAGUUACUCGUGCAGGGCAGGCGACCUUGAGAGCGAUUGCAAGGAAGAUGAGUAUUUGAUCACUUCACUUCCGAGAUGUUCUCGUUGGUGCGUAGGGCGAUCCGCAUGCAAUGGCGCAAUUUGUUGCAUGGUCGGAGAGUCGCAAGCAUGAGAAUCCUCAGGCAGCAAAUCUGCAGCUGCUGAAGAAGCCGUCUGUGCGGAGACAAUAACAGAGUUACCUAGUCUACGGCUACGGGACAGCCACACCUAGAUCGACAGAACUACAGCAGCAUACAACGGCAGAUCUUAUUAUUGCCGACAACGCAUCGGCACGGUACAGCUUCUUUCACUGUUCGUUCCCCUCGUCACACUUCCAAAGGCUGAAAACUCUCCUGUCCAGGAUGCCUCGUGAUACGUGUUCGCACGUUCUUUUUACCCGUGCAGAUGCAAGUAGGCCAAGCAUACAGCGCCGGGUCUACUAGCUGCAGCAUCUUUGGUGCUAUUGGGCUGACGAGUUUCCAGUCCCAGCGUCAUAUUUUUCUGCUAAGCGCGUCAUAUACCUCUACACAGCUAAGCGCUUUCUUCAGCGCUCUGCAUUCCUAUUCAUUUAGGUUCUAGACGGGGCUGGACAAGAAAGCCGUGUUCUUGACCGCUUGCCAAGGCUGUCACGUUGGUUGAUGCCGAGCACGGAUAUGCGGCGCCGUCGAACGCUGAUCAGCGCCACUCUGUUCGAUAUCGCUCGUUAUACAGAUGUGUUGACGCUUAGAUGCAAGCAUCAAUUUUAGACCAAAGGCAAGAAAGAGAUACUUGGGCAGCAAGGCGAAGAUACAUCGUCGCGGAAAGUAUUGAAAAGCCGGUUGCGGGAAGCGUUUGAAAUCCCACGCACAAGACAUCCAGAUAGUCUCCCUUUCGGUGUUGAC